AUGAUCUCGGAUAUUAUGUUCAAUCCUCACGGGUUCCCCAGUCGGAUGAAAAUCGCUAUGUUGAUCGAGUUCAUGGCAGGAAAAUCUGCUGUGACUCGUGGGCUUGUCCAUGAUGCUACGCCUAUCAGGUUCAAUGAGAAGAACACUGCUAUAGAUAACUUUAGAAGGUUGCUGGAGCUCGGCGGGUUUGAUUACUGUGGAGAGGAGGUGAUGUACUGUGGCAUGGAUGGCAGGAUGUUUGAAGCUUAUAUUUAUAUGAGCGUGAUUCAUUAUCAACGAUUGAGGCACAUGGUGGAAGAUAAGGCUCAGGUCAAAAGCACUGGCCCGGUUGAUGUUCUCACCUAG